AUGGCUGGCCCAGGCAACAGGAAGAAGCGACAAAACGAGGGUCGUGUACAACGGCCCUCAAAGAAGCAGAAGCGGAGAGCUCUGCAGGAAUACAAUAGCGACUCUGAGGGCGACGACGCGCAGCAGGAUUUUGAUGCUGUCAACCUCCUCGAUUCCGACGACGACAUUCACAACGCCAAGGUCGACGAUGUGGGCGCUUCCGACAAUGAAGGGACCAGCUCAGAUGAGGAAGGCCCCGCAUUGAAGAAGCCACUUAAGAAGACAAAAGCAAAGGCGCAGGCAGAGCCCCAGAGCGACUCGGAGGCGGACGACGAUGAAGAGGAGGAUGAAGAAGGCUCCGAUGACGAUGACGAUGAUGAGGAAGUUGGUGGAAAGAGGAAAAAGUCCAAGCGCAACGACCCCAAUGCUUUCGCUACAUCGCUCUCCAAGAUUCUCUCCACCAAACUGUCAACAUCCAAGCGAUCAGAUCCCGUCCUGUCACGAAGUGCCGCCGCCCACGAAGCCUCAAAGGCGGCGGUGGACAGCGCCCUAGAAGCCAAGGCGAGAAAACAGAUUCGCGACCAAAAGCGAUUGGCGUUGGAAAAGGGCAGAGUAAAGGACGUGCUCAUCGCGACCGCCAACGACACCACGGGCGAGCUUGAGACGUCAACGUCGGAGAUUCUAGUGACGGAGAGGAGGCUUCGAAAGGUGGCACAGCGCGGUGUGGUCAAGCUAUUCAACGCUGUCCGCGCCGCCCAGGUCAAGGCCCUCGAGACGGAGAAGAACUCGAGAAAGGAGGGUGUCAUCGGUAUGGAGCAGCGGAAGGAAAAGGUCAACGAGAUGAGCAAGAAGGGAUUCCUGGAGCUCAUCGCUUCAGGAGGCGGCGGCCUGAAGAAGGGUGCGCUCGAGGAGGCAUGA